AUGGAGACUUCCAACGUCGCCAUCCAACAGCAGGUGGCUGACAAUACCAGCCAGGACGUCAGCAAGGGCCGCAAGAUCGUCAGACCUCCCACGCUAAGAAUUAUUCCUCCCCUCAACUUUUGUCCCGUGGAACGCCAGCUCUACCGCUCGGGACAGCCGUCCAUCAUCAACCAGUCGUUCUUGCAACAGCUCAACUUGAAGGUGAUACUAUGGCUCGCCAGCGAAGAGCCUCUGGACGACUUCUUGGAGUUCUGCAACGACUCCAACAUCAAGAUCGAGUUUGUGGGGCUCAUUGACGAGACUUACGGCCACGGCCAGAUGAACCCCUGGGACUCUUUGAACGAGGGCACCAUCAAGAAAGCAUUGGAGUUGAUCGUGAACAAGGACAACUACCCGCUUUUGGUGUGCUGCGGCAUGGGCCGUCACCGCACGGGAACCGUGAUUGGGUGUCUCCGAAGACUCCAGGGGUGGAAUUUGGCCAGUGUCUCCGAAGAGUACAGGCGAUUCACGGGUGCUCGUGGAGGCCGGAUCUUGGUCGAGUUGUUGAUCGAGAGUUUCGACAUAAAUUCUGUCAGCAUCGACCCCGAAAGGCUACCUGAAUGGUUGAAGUGA